AAGAAAAAAAAAACUCGUAAAGUUGAUGAUCGGUACACGGAAAGGAAGUCCUUUUUCAGUUGCUCUUUCUUCGCUCCGACUUCGUUUCCUAUUCAUUCUUCUUCAUUACUAUAUCUUCUUCAAUCAUCCUAAUUCAUUCAUUCAUUCUUCUUCUUAAUCUUCACGGUUCCAUUUCACAUCCUUUCUUCAAAGGAUUUUUGUUAGGAAAAAAGAGUUUCGGUGCGUAAUUGUCCCGCCAGCUUAACCUUUGUUGUUUGUUCCCACCGCGUUGAGAUCUGGUUUCUUUCGAUUCCUUCUACGAUGCUAAGCAAGAGCUUCAAGCCUGCGAAAUGUAAGACAUCGCUGAAGUUAGCGGUUUCGCGGAUUAAGCUUUUGAGGAAUAAGAAAGAUGUUCAUAUUAAGCAGCUUAAGGGAGAUUUGGCUAAGUUGCUUGAGGCUGGACAAGACCAGACUGCUAGAAUUCGGGUUGAACACUUUGUUAGAGAAGAGAAAUCGAAGGAAGCUUAUGAACUCAUUGAAAUAUUUUGUGAGCUAAUUGUGGCGCGCAUGCCAAUGAUUGAGUCCCAAAAAAAUUGUCCCAUAGAUUUGAAGGAAGCAGUCUCGAGUGUUAUAUUUGCAUCACCCAGAUGUGCAGAUAUUCCAGAGCUCUUGGAUGUUCGUAAACACUUUAAAUCAAAGUAUGGAAAAGAAUUUGUCUCGGCCGCAGUGGAGCUGCGCCCAGAAUGUGGAGUGAAUCGCAUGUUAGUCGAAAAACUAUCUGCUAAAGCACCGGAUGGGCAGACCAAACUUAAAAUCUUGACUGCAAUUGCUGAGGAGUAUAACAUCAAAUGGGACCCAAAAUCCUUUGGUGACAGCAUCAACCCUCCGGCUGAUUUGUUGAGUGGACCAAAUACUUUUGGGAAGGCUAGUCAAAUACAGAUGGAGUCUAUUAGUGGCCCAUCUUCAUUUGAUCACAAAGAAUCUUCUAGAAAACAUGUUCCAUUCAAACCUGAUGAAAGGCCUCAUGUACCGGAGAUCCCUGAACACAGUUUGAGAUCAGAACAUCAGUCCAAACAAUCCAACUUUGCUCACGUUAAUGCCAAUCAAAGCAACAUCACUGGCCGUCAUAAUUCAGAAACAUCUUUUGAGGGGAUGCAUAGGCACUCAAAUUCUGGUGAACAAAAUAAUUACUCUUCAGGUAGGCAGCAGUGGAGUAUGGAUUUUAAGGAUGCUACCUCUGCUGCAAAGGCAGCGGCUGAAUCUGCAGAACUAGCAAGUCUAGGCCGAGCUGCUGCAGAACUUUCCAGUCGUGGAAACAUCUCCCAACCAUCCUCUUCUGAGUUUCAGAAAUCUUCGUCUUAUAAUUUAAGGGCAGAAGGACUCAAGGAUACCCUAGUGUCCAUUUACGUGAUCAACAGCUUCCUAAAGACCAAGUUGUCAGUGCACCUCGUAAAAGUUCUACGCCGGAUGAUAAUUGGAGAGACAAUGAGACAAGAACAUACAUGGGGGAUAAUUCCAAGAAUUAUAGUUAUCCAUCUUCAAGCUGCAGCAGAAAGAUCCUCUUUCAAGAAAUCAUCCGAACCUAGGUUUAGCGGUUCCCUUGGUAGUAGUGCAACUUUGGAGAAACAAACCAGAAAACAUGAUGCCAGCACGUCUGUAACCAGUUUCAAUGCUGCAGAUAGAUACUCUUUCAAGAAUUCAUUCGAACCUGGGAACCAGUAUGGAGAAACAACCCGAAAUGUUGAUGUAGAAUAUGUUAGCGAUCAGCCAUUUAGUACGGGUUUUGACAGAACUAGUUCCUAUGGAGAUGUGAGGAUUGAAAGUGAUUCAAUUAAAGUGCCUUCCCACGAGAAGUUGGGGAAUGAUGCCUAUGAGAACCCUUUUGCCAUGGAUAAACCAAAUGAGAGUGAAAGUACUGUUGAUAUGAGUUUUUAUGACCAUGCCAGUGUGGUCUUUGAUGAUUAUGGUCCAGAUGAUGAUUAUAUUCCAGACUACGAUAUCCCGAGGAGAGAAUCAAUUCCAGACCUUUCGUCACCUAAAGGAAAGGUGCCAAUAAAUCCAUCACCAGAUGAUACUUGGAUCUUCAACGGGAACAAGAAUGAUUCUGCUGAGAAGGCUGUUUCACACGCUCAAAUUUCUGAUCAUACUUCACUGUUUGCUGAAAGUAUUGGAGCUUUUGAUGAUCCUUCCCAUUCUGAUGAGUUGUUGCCGGCAACUUUUGACCAUUCAGAUGGAUCUGGUUCUGAAAGUGAGGAAGAGUUGAAAGAAUCUGAGAUCAUUGCUAAAGAAAACUCUAGUGAAUUCUGCAAGAAGCAGGAUUUGUACUCUGAAAAAUCAGAAUGGACUCGGAACAUUAGUCAUGGAUUAUCUGGAUCUUCAGAUGAGGACAGUAGUAGCAUGCCAUCUCAUCGCCUCUCUUCUGAGCUAAACUCUGUACAUGAAUCGAAGAAGAACGACAGCCCACUGAGUUCUCCUGAUAUUGUAGAAGAAUCAACUUCAGAUGGCAGCAGUGGCUUGAAUUUCGGGAAACUGAAAGGUGGCCGAAGAAACCAAAAAAGUAAUAAGCUUCCAUUUGCAAACAAUUCAUCAAGAAAUGACUCAUCAUCUAAACAAGCAUACGAAAACGAUGCCUCAAAAACUGAGCAGUCUACCUUCAUUUCUUCUUCUACAGCUAGGACUUCGUUGCGAUCAAAGGCUUCUGAAGAGACAUAUGCUACAAGUGUAGAAGAGAGACGAGGUCAAGAAAAGGAAUCACAAACCAAGCUUAAUAGCUUUAAUUCCAAUCUUGAUGAUUCAAAGGAGAAGUUCUCGGUUUAUACUCUUAGAAGUGAUCAAGAGCCACAUAGCAAGAACGUGGUUGAUGAAAUCUUGAAGAAUCCAGCCCCAACAAGAGUUGCAGUUAAGUAUCCUGGUUUCCACAAUGACGAUGAUUCUGACGAAGAUUUGCCUGAACAAAAUAUGAAAAACAGUCCUCAUCGAGUUAUUGGACUUUCUAGACGGACCAAAGCGUCUCCUAAAAGUCCAAGUCCACAUUUAGAGGACUCACACAGGACUCCCACGACCAUGAGUCAUGAGGAUAUAAUUGAGAGAAAAGCUUCAACGAGUUUCUAUGCAACUACAUCGCCACUGAGGGCAAAAACUGGAACAAGAUACUCUGAUCGUUUGGAAAUUUCAGAGCAGCCUCAAUCAUCUAAACCUUUCAAGCAAACUCAUGAAACUAAGAGGUCUUUUAUUGAGGAAAGGUCUAGACCUUCUGCAGAGGAACAGCAAUACAAUUAUCCACCAGAGAUAAAUAGACGAGGCAAUUUUGAGAGUUCAAAGUUUUCUUCUUCAAGGGAUACGACAGCAGCUCCAGUGAAGACUCGGGUUCAAUCAAGUAACUCAGAGCAACCUCAGUCAAUGAAACCUUCCAAACCAAUUCCUGAAACUAAAAAAUCUAUCCAUGAAGAAAAAUUAAAAUCUCCUACGAAGGACUUGCCAUCCACUCCUUCACCAAAAUUAGAAACACAAGGCAACUCUGAGAGUUCGAAAAAGGAGAAGACUGAGGCAGUUGAGAAAGCUAGUCAUGUUCACCCAAAGCUACCCGACUACGACAACUUUGCAGCUCACUUCCUCGCUCUUAGACAGAAUAACAAGUAAAUCUAGUUUCUUGGCGUUGAUUUAUACUUAUACAGUUAUACAUACGACAUAAAUAUAUUUUUUGAUUUAUUAAUUUAAUUAGUCCAUGUUCAUGGUUAUUUAUUAGAUAGCUCUUAUUCAUGAUUCGAACUCUAAAGGAUACAUCAGAUGUACAGGUUAGAUUAAUGGUUUGUUGUUUAGGAAAAAGCAAUCAGAAGCUAAUUGUGGAAAUCACAUAAAAGCUUUCCCAAUUAAUUAGCCUAAAGGUCAGAUAGGCCAUAAUGUGUAAAUGGAGAAAGGUAUCUACACCACAAUAAAGCUAGAGAAAGAACCAAUUCUUAGAAUCUACCACUAAAAAGGAGAUAUGUUGUUGAAAAUCUGAUUGUACCUUUCAGUCCAUAAUGACCAGAAAAAAAAAAAGGCUCUGACAGGC